AUAUCAUAUCAUAUCUAUCAUGGAGUUGAGUUAGAGAGAGAAAGAGAGAGAGAGUAAUAAAAAAGGUAGAAACCCCAAAAAUCCCAAUGAACAGAACAGAACAGAACAGAACAUAGCAUAGCAGAGCAGAGCAGGAAGAAGGAGGAAGAAAACCCUCUCUUUCUUCCCAUCUUCCCCCUUCCCUCUCCACUUCCUCCAUCAAUCCAACCAAUUAAACUAAUCCCUUUCUUCUCCCUCCUUCCUCUCUCUCUCUGUCUCUCUGUCUCUCUGACCUAAUGAUCUAAAUCAAGAUCCAAUCUUGAGACAGAGACCCAUCAAAGCUUCAGCCUUUACCAUGUCAGAGAACAACCACCUCCACCACCACCACCAGAACCACUGCAGCCCCAGCCCCGCCGAGACAAUGUCCGAGGAUGACGAGCCCGGCCGUCCCCAACCGCCGGAUCCCGGAUCCAAGAAGACCCGGAACUGCGCAGCCGUCCACCCCAGCCCCCACCCCGACCGGGUCCUCGAGAUCGUCCUGGAGCACGUCCUCCAGUUCCUCACUGCCCGCAGGGACCGCAACGCCGCCUCCCUCGUCUGCAAGUCCUGGUACCGCACCGAGGCCCUCACCCGGUCCCACGUCUUCAUCGGCAACUGCUACUCUGUCUCCCCUUCCCGCGUCACCGCCCGCUUCCCCCGUGUCAGGUCGGUGGCGAUAAAGGGGCGGCCCAGGUUCGCGGACUUCAACCUCAUGCCGCUGAACUGGGGGGCCCACUUCGGACCGUGGGUGGCUACGAUGGGCAAGGCGUACCCCUGGCUCGAGAGAGUGUACUUGAAGCGGAUGUCCCUCACAGACAGGGAUCUAUGCCUGCUUGGAGACUCGUUCGUCGGGUUCAAGGAGCUGGAGCUGGUGUGCUGUGAUGGGUUUGGGACCGGUGGACUUGCAGCUAUCGCCAGCAAGUGCAGUCAACUCAGAGUUCUUGACCUAAGUGAUACUGAGGUUAUGAAUGAUGGUGUGGAUUGGAUAUCUUGUUUCCCGGAGGGAGAAACCUGUCUCGAAUCUCUCAUUUUCGAUUAUGUAGAAUGCCCAAUAAACUUUGAGGCAUUGGAGAGUUUGGUGGCGAGGUCCCCGGCAUUGAAGAAGCUUCGACUGAACCGUGAAGUCUCAUUAGGACAGUUAUAUCGGUUAAUGGUGAGAGCUCCGCAGCUCACGCAUCUCGGGACCGGUGCAUUUGGACCCUCAGAAGCUCAGGGUGCCAGCGAUCAGGAAUACGAUUAUGCGUCAGCCUUCUCUGCCUGUAAAUCUUUAGUCUGUCUUUCUGGGUUCAGGGAAAUUGUGCCGGAAUAUCUGCCUGCUAUCUACCCAGUUUGCGCAAAUCUCGUGUCGCUGAAUCUGAGCCAUGCCAAUAUCAAUGUGGAACAGCUGAAGCCGAUCAUAUGUCAAUGCCGUAAACUCCAAGUACUCUGGGUUCUUGAUUCUGUGUGUGAUGAGGGGCUCAAGGCUGUGGCUGCCGCAUGCCCGGACCUGAGGGAGCUUCGGGUUUUCCCUUUUGAUCCUCAGGAGGAUGCUGAAGGGCCCGUCUCUGAGGUAGGCCUCCAGGCAAUCUCUGAGGGGUGUCCAAAGCUGGAAUCUAUUUUAUACUUCUGCCAGCGUAUGACGAAUGCCGCUGUGAUUGCCAUGUCCAAGAACUGCCCUGACCUUGUCGUGUUCAGGCUCUGCAUAAUGGGCCGGCACCAGCCUGAUUAUGUGACAAGAGAGCCCAUGGACGAAGGGUUCGGGGCCAUUGUCAUGAACUGCAAGAAGCUCACCCGACUGGCCACAUCGGGCCUUAUGACAGACAGGGCCUUUGCCUACAUUGGGAAGUAUGGGAAAUUGGUCAGGACCCUUUCAGUGGCCUUUGCCGGAGACAGCGAUACUGGCCUUAAGUACGUGCUCGAGGGUUGUCAUAAUUUGCAGAAGCUUGAGAUUCGGGAUAGCCCAUUCGGGGAUGCGGCCCUUCUCUCUGGGCUGCACCACUACUACAACAUGAGAUUUCUUUGGAUGUCCUCUUGCCAUUUAUCCCGUCAGGGUUGCCGAGAAGUCGCCCGUGCAUUGCCGCGGCUUGUCGUUGAGCUGCUAAGUUACGAAGGGAACGAGAAGAUGGAUGAUGGCGCGGUCGAUGUGCUCUACAUGUACAGGUCCCUCGAUGGGCCUAGGAACGACACAUCCGAGUCCGUGACCAUAUUAUAGCCUGGCAGCCAAGUCGGUUGGGUUCAUCUUGAUUACUCCAUGCCAUGGAAGGAAAGCUCGAGUUUUGCGGGUGAGUUUUACAUAAACCCGCAAAAAAGGUGCUUCCACCUUGUAAAAUUCUGCCCUUGCUCGGCAAAUGAAGCUACGAGAAGAAUAUGAAUCUCAAGCAGAUGGAUCUUGCAAAAUAACGGGCUGCACGAAGAUGUUGUAAUGGUACGUGUUCAGAUUUUCUCUUUUUCUUUCACCCCUACGCUCUUAUUCAUUCGACAUAAAAAGAAGAGGAUAAAAGGGAGGAUAUCGGACGAGCGAGCGGUCAGCCUCUUUCGCGAGAUAAUUCUUUUUUUUGCCCCUUCUGAUGUUUCUCUUGUAUUCCUAGUUUUAGUUAAAAUGGUUAGAACUGAUGAUAGCUGAUGUCCUCGGCCUUUUUUUUUUUUUCCCCCCCCCCCCCCCUUCCUGAAAAUGUUUGGUUUUUCCUUAGUUGUCUCACAUAAUGUUGUUGUAGCCCCUUUUUUCCCCCCUCUCCCUGACUGUUGUUGAAUUCCAUCAUUGUUGUUACUGUUAGCAAUGUGAGUGGAUAAUAAAUGCCCAGCAAAAAAAUUUUAUUCAGAUGGACCAUGUAA